CGAUACCAUCUCGCAGUACAUAACCAUGGCUGCCGAGUCCAAGUCUGACGUGCGGACAUUCUUCGACAUCUCCAUCGGCGGCGUGCCGGCCGGCCGCAUCGUGUUCAAGCUCUACACCGACAUCACGCCCAAGACGUCGGAGAACUUCCGUGCGCUCUGCACCGGCGAGAAGGGCGUUGGCGAGUCCGGCAAGGCUCUGUCGUACAAGGGCUCGACCUUCCACCGCGUCAUCGAGGAUUUUAUGAUCCAGGGUGGCGACUUUACCAACCACAACGGAACCGGCGGCGAGUCGAUCUACGGUGCCAAGUUUGAGGACGAGAACUUUGAGGUCAUGCACACCAAGCCGGGCCUGCUCUCCAUGGCCAACGCCGGGCCGGGCACCAACGGCUCGCAGUUCUUUGUCACCACCGUUCCCACGCCACACCUCGACGGCAAGCAUGUUGUCUUUGGCGAGGUCCUCAAGGGCAUGGGCGUCGUCCGCGAGAUCGAGGCCCUCGAGACCGCCGACGACCGUCCCAUCGAUGCUGUCGUCAUCGAGGACUGCGGUGAGCUCGCGCCGGGCGCCGACGACGGCAUCGUCAACUCGUCGGACCCCAACGACCCGUACCCCAAGUACCCGGACGACUACGACGGCUCCGACAAGGCCGUUGACAUCGCCAACACGCUCCGCCUCCAGGGUAACGAGCUGUUCAAGGCCAAGGCCUUUGAUGCCGCCAUCGCAAAGUACGCCAAGGCCAUUCGCUACCUCAAGUCGUCCGACGACGCCGACAGCGACGCCGCCCUCGUCUCGCCGCUCAUCAACCGCGCCAUGUGCUACUUCCACCUUGCCAAGUACGACGAGGCCAUCGAUGACACCACAGAGGUCCUCGAGUCUCUCGCCGGUCAGUCGCAGAACGUCAAGGCCCUCCACCGCCGCGGCUGCUGCCACGCCGCGCUCAAGAACUACGACGCCGCCGAGUCCGACUUUAAGGCCGCGCUCGCCGUCGAUCCCGAGUCUGCCGCCGUCAAGCGCGAGCUCAAGAAGAUUGCCGCCCACCGCAAGAAGGCCAAGGCCCAGCAGAAGAAGAUGUACGCCAAGAUGUUCUCUUCGUAAAAGCUUUCAGCCGA